AUGACAUAUCAAACCCUCUUCAAUAUCCCUUCACCUUUGCUGUUUGCCCGUUCCGAGACAACCUUGAUCAGCUUGGGUGCCAAAACCGGACCGCUGUAUCCGACUGUCGGAGGGAUAAGACCGACCUUCUGUUGGGACCUUUCUGUGCCCUUGGAACGAACCAAGUUGAAGGGUAUUGGAAGUGGGCAACCGGGAUAUCAUCAAUGGGAACAACGUCAUACCGAAGCCUUGGUCCAAGGAAUCAUCGAAGUAGUAUCCACUUACCGAGUUGCGAUUUACGCUCGACCCGGUCUUUCGGGCGAAGUUGACGGUCAUGGAUCCGAUAGAAUCCGUCAAAAGCUAGAUCAAGUCCUCAAGAAGCUUGCGAGAGAAUAUGGAAUGGAAGCUGAUUUAGGAGCUAGAAAGAAAACGGAUAUUUCCCCUGGGAUUACAACGUGGAAGAGGACGAAGGAUGUUCAAGUAGGAAUGAAAAAUCUUUCUGGGCGUUCGAAACCGCAGAUGAUAGAGAAGAAGGUGGAUGUGAAGGAUUAUAACGGAAAGAGGAAGAAAGGGAUUGAAUAUGAGUUGGGACGGUCCGAAGGACACGAUCAGAAGUCUAAGAAGGAAUGA